AAGAAAUAGCUAUCUCCCACCAAACAAUUACUCUACAAAUACCAAAACCAUUGUGGAAAUAGAACAAGUAGUCCUCAUUUCCAAACCAAAGUAUUACUACUAUUCAGUACGCAUAUCUCUUUCUGACAUUCAACCCCACAAAACAUUGUCCCCAUUCAAAUCUCAAAGCAACCAAAUCCAAAACACAAACGCAGCUCAAAGACAAACUCUUCAAAAGCUCUCCUUCUUCUCCUCUCUCUCGCACUCUUCCCUUCUCCUUGCCCAAGCAAAACAAGAAACAGAAACAAGAACAUGCACCACAAUUCACCUGCAUAUGGAUCCGACCCAACCUCACCAAACACCACCUUCGUCCAAGCUGACCCAUCAACUUUUCGUACCAUAGUUCAAAAACUCACCGGAGCUCCCGACGACCCAUCAACCCAAAAGCUUCCACUAACCCACCCAAGCCGACCUACCGCCAUUCCUGGCCCUAAAAGACCUGCAUUCAAGCUUCAAGAAAGGAGACAAAGCGUCAAGAACCUUCAAAUCAAUCUUAGCAGUAAUAAUUCUACCAUUAACAACAGUCUGGAGCAUCCAGCUGAUUUCUUCCAGUUUAGACAGCGAGGUUUCAUGGUUUCUCCGGUGUCAACUUUAGAUUUCUUGGCAGCGCGUGUGAGCCCGAGGUCACCUUGUGAAGAUUUAUUUGCGCGUGGGAGUCCUAGAGAGGAAGAAGAGAGAGCAAUUGCUGAGAAAGGGUUUUAUUUACAUCCAAGUCCUCUGAAUACUCCUAGAGGAGCUGAUCCUCCUGAAUUGCUGCCUCUUUUUCCUUUGAGUUCUCCUAGAGAUAAUAAUGAUAGUCAAGAUCAUGGUUCUUGUUCUUGAAUUAAUUAGGAUUAAUCUACUAAUAAAUCUAGGUGGAGGCUAAUUAGUUAUCAAGGAUAUUUAAUGUGGAUUGAUUUGGUAUUCUGAUUUGUUAAAUUUUGAUUAAUUAUCUUAAGUUAACUGUUAAUUAGGAUGGUAAUUUCAUGUUCCAACAGAAAUGGUCGGUGCAUGUGGCCUAUGGUUGUACUUUAGACCCUCUAAAUAUGCUUACUUUUAGUAAUUUCAACUAUCUCCUCACAAUAUGUGUUAACAAAUUAUUAAUAUGUUUAUAUGUUUAUUUUUGGGAAUAAUGCUCAGCUUUAUAUUUGUGAUGUA